GUCAGACGACAGCGCUCGCUCGACGUCCAACCGUCUGAGAAUAUGACGCCCCGCUCGCUCUUUGCGCUGCUCGCGCUCUCGUCCACCGAUGCCUGCACCAUGUACGGCGUCAGCCGCACCGCGAGCGCCGAUGGAUCCACCAUGGUCUCGCACAGCGACGACGGCGCCGGAGACUCAGAUUCUCGGCUCUCGUAUGUACCUCCCGCGCGGCACAAGCCUGGCUCGAUGCGAGACAUCUACCCUACCAUCGACGAGUACCCAAAAUUCAUCGGAGACGCCUUUGGCAAGACCUUUCUGCCGCUUCCAGGGCAGGCGCUCACAAAGCCGAUCGGACAAAUCCCACAGGUUGAGGCGACGCACGGCUACUACCUCAACGGCUACGCCAUCCAGAACGACUGCGAGCUGAGCUUCGGCGAGAGCACCGCCUCGGCGGUCUUCCGUGCCGAUGCGGUCGGGACGCCAAACGGCACCGCCCUCCUCGCCAUUGAGGAGCUGAGCCACCUCGCCGCGGAGCGCGUCUGCACGGCGAGGGAGGCGGUCCAGCUGAUGGGCGACCUCGCCGUCCAGUACGGCUUCUUCGGGCCGGAUGGCGGCGCGGGCGAGAUGCUGGUCGUCGGAGACCCGGACGAGGUCUUCGUCUUCCACAUCCUCUCUGACCCGACGGCGAGGAGCGCCAUCUGGGCGGCGCAGCGGGUGCCCGAGGGGGAGGUGAUGGUGGCGGCCAACCACUUUGUCAUCCGCGAAGUGGACCUCGACGACGCGGACCGCUUCCUCGGCUCGCCGCACAUGCACCGCGUCGCGCUGCAGCACGGCCUGUGGGACGGGAGAGGGAAGCUCGACUUCACCGCCGCCUUCUCGCUCGGCGAGUACGGAAACAAGUACUACUCCGGCCGUCGGAUGUGGGACGGCUUCCGCCGCUUCGCGCCGUCGGUGGCGCUCCCACCCGCGUACAACAGCACCGACCCGUGGAGCGGGCUCAAGGAGAGCAGGCCGUACCCCUUCUCCGUCCCGCCGGACGCGCCGCUCGCCCUGACCGACCUGCUCGCCGCCCACCGCUCCCACUACGAGGGGACGAGCUUCGACAUGACGCGCGGCGUCGCCGCGGGCCCCUUCGGCUCGCCCGAUCGCUACGCCGUCCCGGGCACGCCAGGCGACACGAAGAGGGGCGCGUGGGAGCGCUCCGUCGCAAUCUACCGCGCCGCCUUCGCCUGGAUCGCGCAGGCGGGCGGGAGCGCGGACAGGGACCGCAAGCAGGACUCCGCCGUAGUGGACAGGGACUCCGCCGCGGCGUCGGGUGCGGUCGCCCUCCAGAAACUCCUUCCGGACCCUCCUCCCGAGGAGACCGGCGCGCUGCGACGGGGCGACCGCGGGGACGGGUGCGGCUGCCGCAGCAAGAUCUGGUUCGGGCCUGCCGACCCCGCCACCACAGUCUUUGUGCCUCUGAGUGUCUGCGCGGGCCCUCCGCCCGAGCAGUACACGCGCGGAGGGCCGGGCAAGGUGGACCGCGAGUCGGCGUACUGGGCGCACCGGUACACGCAGAACCUGGCGCAGGUCCGCUACUCGGCGAUGAUCGUCGACAUCCGCGCCCACUCGCUGGAGUGGGAGGAGCAGGGCGCGGCGCUGGCCCUCCAGAUCGGCGCUCUCCAGUGCGGCGGCGGCGCCCCAGGCCAAGGCCAGGCAGCCUCCCCUCCGCCCGACGCGCUGCAGCGCCUCCGCGGCGACUCGGCCCCGAGCCUCCGCCGGCAGAUUGAGCGGCACGCGGCGGCGGUGCUCGCCUCGACGUGGGCGCUGACCGACGACCUCGUUGGCAAGUACGCAGACGGCGGAGAGGCGGCGCCGCGGGCGGGGCUCGAGCGCCGCCAGGCGGUCGCCGUCUCCAACCUCGGCUACAGCAGCGAGUGGCUGGCCGCCGCCGGCUUCGACAGCGGCCCGGCGCGCAUCGAAGGGCACAUCGCGGCAGAGGCGACGCCCGGCUGGCUCGAGCGGCAGCAGCUGCUGGGCCGCACCGAGCCGGCGGUGGCGGCGGUUGCGCUCCCCGCCCCCUCUCUUCGAGGCGCGGACACGGAGGCUCAACGCCAGGACGCCGCUCGUGCUCCUCAGACGCUCCGAGUCGUUGCGGUGUUGGCGUUCGCCGCCGCCGUCGUGGCCGCCGCCGCCGUGGCCGCCGCCGUUCGCAGGGUUGCGGCUUCGACGCGGGCGGUGCUACCGCUGGCGGACAGCGCCGAGUACCAACAAGUCGCGUAGAGGCAAGAGACGAGCUCGCGCGAGGCGGCAUCGCCCGCAUGCUGGACAGUUCCUUUCACUAUGCACACGCGUUCACCGUUCGGCCUAGCUAGAUGGGUGGGGUUAGGGCCGUCCGCGCCACUUGGCCCUCCCGCUGGCCAUCCGCGCGGCCGCGGGUACCGCCAGGUGACAAGUUUGUUUGUAUUCGUACACGUAAAAUAAUAUGUAAAUUCGU